AUGGAUAGGCUUCAAUUAGUCGCACAUCUUUUAGAUGUUUCGUUAUCCAUCUCUACUCCUUUAGGGGAGGUAUCCCUAUUAGAGAGUGUCUAUAGGAGAUGUGCCAUCGGUCUAGAUGAGUCCGAGUUUAUCAUCGAUUUGAUCAUUUUGCGGAUGUUGGAGUUCGACGUUAUUCUUGAUAUGGCUUGGCUAUCAUCCUAUCAUGUCAGUAUCGACUAUUUUGCUAAAACAGUCAGCUUGCGGGCGUCCGAUAGGUCUAAGUUGAUCGUAGCGACCUCACAAGGCUACCAGAUUACGGAGUUAUUUCUGGCGUACGUCGAGGAGGUGAUGCUGAGGGACCGAAGUGCUGAUUUAUUUUUGGGCCAUGUCAUCAGAAGAGAGGGCAUUGUAGUGGAUCCUGCGAAAGUAGAGGCAGUACUUGAUUGGGAGCCGUCAAAAACCAUUUCAGAGAUUCGUAGCUUUUUGGAUUUGGCAGGCUACUACAGGAAGUUCAUUCAGGACUUCUCAAAGAUUGUGACGCCACUUACACUCCUUACGAAGAAGGAUGUACCAUUUGUUUAG